AUGACACCGCAAACACUUCCCAAAAAGAAGCAAUGUACCGGACUUUUCAUCGUAACAAUUACCGUUAUUGCGUGUGUGACGUCACUAACACCGAUUGUUGCUAGUAUCGAUAUCAGUGAAGUGGCAAAAGUGUCGUCAAAUUCCACACCACAUAUCAGUGACAAAACCGUGCAAAACGUAAGUAACAACACGACUCUGCAGGUCUCCAGACCUCACGACAGAUCAGACAUACAGUUCUUGGGAAGUAAUGGUACAAAUUCCGAGGAUGCGUACCUAACGGUACCGGACGGUACCGGAGUGCCACAAGAGUUGCCGACCGGGACGGGGGAUCUUCUGGGCGAUAUGAUAACGCAGGCCUUCAAACCUGGCGAGAGGAUUAGUGGCCUGGAAUGGUUGCAGAACGUGUACAAUCCACAUCUCUGGGGGCUCUCGCCUCCCGGAGGGCUGGGGUCGAAAUGUGACGCCGAUAUGAAGAUAUACCUGACCGCCCUCAACAACGGCACGGUCUGGGCUGCCAAGAUGACGGACGCCAGUGGCCGCUACUCGUCCCAGUUCUUCUUCGGAAACGGCUUCUGGCUUGGAUCUCACACACUUUGCGAAGAACUGCAGCUACAAGACUCGAACCCGGAGCCUCCGCCUUUCAGUGUAGCUUUUCAUGUGGCCAAAUUACAGGUGGCGCUCUCUUCACAUCUCACUCCUGUGGGACGCCAGGUGUCUCUGGGGCUGUGCCUACCUCAUUCUUGCGGCCCCGCGGACAUCACGUCACUACUGCAACCGGAUGACGCCUUGCAAGUGUUGCGAGUGAGGCCCGUACCCGGGGACUACAGUCUGCUUGCCGACACCAAGUUCCAUGUCCUGGGGGGCGUACUAGCUGUAGUGUGUGUGUUGAUAGCGACGGGGUCGUGUUAUGAGCUGCUGCUAUCUCGUGACGAACACACCAACAACCAGUCACCAGGCACGGGGCUGUCAGACCACAAGGAGAAAGAGUCUAUCGGUAAGCCCAACUUCUGUCCACAAACGGAAGGCCUGUUGCCGCAGCUGCUACUGUCCUUCUCUGCGGUGCGAAACGGCCAAAAGAUCCUGAAGUGUGACAGUCCGCAGGACUCGCUGACGCCAAUUCAUGGCCUGCGCUUCCUCAGCCUCGCGUGGGUCAUCCUCGUGCACACAUACCUUCAGGUGUUUGCCAUCGCAGAAAACAAGACGCUACGAACUGUGACAGAGAGAAACUUCAUGUUCCAGACGAUCAGCAAUGCCACGUUUUCCGUCGAUACGUUCUUCUUUAUCAGUGGUCUGUUGGUCACGUUCCUCUACUUCCGGUCAGUGGAGAAGCAACAGGAUGACAGCAACAGACGCGGUCUGAGAGAGGGUGCGGUGAAAUUCAUGACACUGCUCUUCUACAGGUUCGUCAGGCUGACUCCCGCCUACCUCUUCGUGCUCGGUCUGGUUGAGGUUGCCAUGAGAACUCUACACAACGGUUCUGUGUUCGAGCCCAAGGUCAUGGACCACCUGAACUGCGAAAAUUACUGGUGGCGCAACGCUCUCUACAUUAACAGCCUGUUCCCGCGGCGCGAGAUGUGCAUGCUGUGGAGCUGGUACAUGGCUAAUGACACUCAGUUCUAUGUGCUCGGAAUUCUGCUGCUGCUGGCGUCAGUCAGGUAUUUCCGAGCAGUGGCGGCAGUCUGGGCAGUGUUCCUGGUAAGCAGCUGGUGUACCACAGGGAUUAUAUCCUACCAGUACCAAUAUGUCGCCAGAAUACAGGAGCCAUUUGCCCAGUUUGAUACCUUGUACGACAAGCCAUGGACCAGGGUGGGACCUUACCUUAUUGGCAUGGCGACUGGCUGGCUGCUACACAGGACAAAUUGUGCCUUCAAGAUACCAACAACUGUGGUAAUCAGCGGCUGGACCCUGGCCCUGCUGUGUAUGUUCAGCCUCGUGUACGGCCUACUGCAUGUUCAGCUAGGGAUGCUCACUUCAGCAGCUUACGCAGGCCUGGGGCACACUGCCUGGGCACUGGGGCUUGCUUGGAUAGUGGUUGCCUGCUGUACCGGUUAUGGUGGUAUUGUGAACAGCCUCCUGUCGUUCCGGGCGCUGUUACCCCUCAGUCGCCUUACAUACUGCGCCUAUCUCACUCAUCCUCUUAUCAUGGUAGUCACGGGGUUCAGCAUGGAUGGACCACUUCAUCUCCACAACUUGCUAGUGUUGAUCCUGUACCUAGGCAACAUGGUGGCCGCCUUUGCGUUGUCCUUCUUCAUCUCUCUUGCCUUCGAGGCACCAGUGGUCAACUUGCUCAAGAUAACCAUGGCAAGCAGAAAGAAAAGCUCCCAGGACAAUGUCACAGGGUGCACAAAAUGUCACUGAUAACUGAAGAAGAACAUCUGGUGAUCACAUGAUGUAAGGGCACUCUGUUGAGACAAACUGAGGCUGCGUUGGUAAUACAGAGGGAAAUGUGUCUCUCCAGUUGAACUUGACCAAGGUCUUUUAGACUCCAGUUCCAACAUGACACAAUAUACCACCAUGGGCUCCAGCUGGUUGGGGGGAGGGGGAGCUAGGCAUUCCUCUGCCUGGGCAUAAAAAGAGACAAACGCAAGUGAAAAAGACAGGAAUUGUACGAGAUAUUAAUAUCAAAAAUUUAUUUUCUUCUUAACUCUUUUAUAUUCUGAACACUUCAAGAUGAUCAAUAAAAAUCCUGAAGAACUCUAACCUAGGAUUAUAAGCCAAUCUCCUGGCUGCUUCCCUUGGUAAAAAGCCUUGCUGACACCCAUGGAUACCACACAGAUUGCUAUUCUUCAUAUGUUGCCUGUUGUAAGAACAGGGUAAUCUGUGUUCGCUAAUUUUGGCAGAAAUGCUGUAAGGACUGAUACUUAAUGUAAAAUUAUGAUGCUGGAAUUCUGAGACACAGAAAGUGAUAUGCUCACAGAUGGAGGUAAGGUUGUCAGCCUCAUGCGCUGGCCACUCUUUACACCCUGGAAAGAUUCCUGGUUCUCAUUUCUGUUAGAGGCUGAGUUGACCACAGGGCCAUAGUGCAGCUUGAAGAAU